AUGUUGUAUCAUCCAAAUCAACCAGAUAGAGACAUUCCUUUUACAUCAAAUAGAGCAUUCUAUCGUUAUGAUGGUAGUAAACGAAUUUGGUUAACUUAUAGUUCCAAACAUUCAGCUUUAUUUUGUAGUAUAUGUCUAGCGUUUGGAACUUUGUGUGACAAAAAUACAUUUACAGUAGGCGUAAAUGAUUGGCGACAUAUUUACCAACGUAUUGAAGAGCAUGAAAAAAGUAAAACACAUGGUAAUAGUGUAGAUGCUUACUUCUUGAAAAAUAGUAGUAGUUCGGUUGAUCAAUUACUUAUAUAUGAUCAUUGUAAUUUGAGAAAAAAACAAGUAGAUGAAAAGAGACAGGUACUAACAAGAAUCAUUGAUAUAAUUAAAAUGAUAGGAAAACGUGGACUUAGUUAUAGAAGAACAAGUUCCAAUGAAGCUGCGUAUACCCUAAAUGACCAUACAAUAGACCAUGGCACAUUUCUUGAAACGGUUAUUUUAUUAAGCAAAUAUUACCCUAUUCUAAAAUUACACGUUGACUCUUCAAUUGAAAAAAGUAAAUUAUGUCAUAAUUCCGGUUCUAAACAAGGAGGUGGUACCUUAACGUUUCUAUCUAAGACUACUGUAGGUUAUAUAUUGGAUACUUGUUCUUCUAUGAUAAAAUCUAAUAUUUCAAAAGAAGUUAUCGAGGCUGGUAUGUACUCAAUUCAGCUGGAUACAACCCAAGAUACUUCAAUAAGUGAUCAAUGCUCAAUAAUAAUAAGAUACGUUUCAAAAUUUAGUGUAAAAGAAAGAUUAUUAGCUAUGAUAAAAUGUAAUGUAAAUCUUCGACUGGAGAAGCAUUUGUUGAACUAUUGCUGA